AUGGGUGUCAAGGUCAUCAGCAGCAAGUCCGAGUUCGAUGAGCUCAUCAAGUCGGACAAGCCCACCAUCAUCGACUUUUGGGCCACUUGGUGCGGGCCUUGCAAGAUGAUUUCCCCAAUCUUUGAGAAGAUCGCAGAGGCAACUGGCGAAUCUGCCACUUUCGCCAAGGUGGAUGUGGAUGAGCAGGGAGAGAUUGCUCAGGAGGUUGGCAUUCGUGCAAUGCCUACCUUCUUGGUCUUCAAGAACGGUCAGCAGGUUGACAAGCUCCUCGGCGCGGACCCCUCGAAGCUGCAAGUGAGUGUCAAGCGAUCAGACAGUGUGUGA